UCAUCAUCCCGUCUAAGUGAAUAAACGUACAAUGUCAUCAGAAAUCCGUCGCAAAUUGGUCAUAGUUGGUGAUGGUGCAUGUGGUAAAACCUGCCUCUUGAUCGUUUUCUCAAAAGGUACUUUCCCUGAGGUAUACGUACCAACCGUUUUCGAGAAUUACGUAGCAGACGUUGAAGUUGACGGAAAGCAUGUUGAAUUAGCGCUUUGGGAUACCGCGGGUCAAGAAGAUUACGAUAGAUUGAGACCUUUAUCUUACCCUGAUUCACACGUUAUACUCAUCUGUUUCGCUAUUGAUUCCCCCGACUCACUUGAUAACGUACAAGAGAAGUGGAUUAGUGAAGUCAUGCACUUCUGCCAAGGAUUACCAACCAUCCUCGUCGGUUGUAAGAAAGAUCUUAGAAAUGACCCUAAAACACUCGAAGAGUUACGUAAGACACAACAAAGACCUGUACAAGAGAGCGACGGUAGAGGCGUCGCACAAAAGAUUGGCGCAAAGCAUUACUUAGAAUGUUCAGCUAGAUCCGGUGAAGGUGUAAAAGAAGUUUUCCAAACCGCUACAAGAGCUGCUUUACUCACAAAGUCAGGCAAUAGAUCAAAGAAAUCUAAAUGCGUCGUUAUCUAGAUUCUUUUCUCUUCUCCAUAACCAUAUAAAAAUAUAAAAUUUUCAUCAAAAUUUUUAUAUUUUUCUCAAUUAUUAUUUUCAACAAUCAAUCUAACAUCAACAGAAUCUAACAAGUUUAUUUUUAAAUUCAACUUGUCUUUCUUAUUCUUUAGUUUUCUUUUUCAAUACAAAGUAUAAUUUUUAAUGAUACAAUGAUAAA